CGGCAGCACUAGGAGCUGGUUCCCGAUUCGGUCAUUCGUUAGCCGGGAAUCAGACAGGCCUGUUCGUUGUUCCCCCGUUCCCUCGGAGACCGAGAACUCUUCCGCUUCCUGCCCUCCCCGCCUUCUCCGCCGAAUACAAAGCCCUCCCAAAUUUUUUCUUCAGUUGCGAAAAUUUCCCCCAUUUUUCCUUGCCCUCCUCCUGCGAGCCACCCGGUCCCCGUCCCGCACAAAUCUUGCGCGUUUAAUUGCAUGCGUUUCCCUUGGUCUCCCGGCGGUUUCUUGGAUCGGCUCUCGCCGGCUAUCCCAACACGCGGCAGAAGCGUUCAUAGAAGCAGAAAGAAAUUUGUUUCGAUUUUCAGUGUUGAAAGCUGUAGCAACACAAUUUUUUAAGUCAAGUAGAGAGCAAUGAAGAUGGUGCACUUUAAUGCGAGAAGCUGAAAAGAAUGAAGUGGUAUUAGGUGUGGAAAUAGGGCUUCAAAGAUAUGAAGGGUGUUCCGGUGCCUCGCGCAAGACCUGCUCCAAGAAGACGCAUAUGGAUAUCAGUGGCUAUAGCAUUCAUCGCCAUCACCGUGUUAUGGGCUUAUCUUUACCCACCCCACGAUUAUACCUAUCCUGUUAGGGACUGGUUCCCCGCAGAACCUACUCGGGAACUGACCGAUCAGGAGACUGCUGCACGUGUUGUCUUCAGACAGAUCCUCUCUACACCUCCUUUUAUAUCAAGGAACCCGAAACUUGCCUUCAUGUUCUUGACUCCAGGCAAACUGCCUUUCGAAAAAUUAUGGGAGUUGUUCUUUAAGGGUCAUGACGGCAGAUACACCAUAUAUGUUCAUGCUUCUCGUGAGAAGCCCGAACAUGUCAGUCCCAUAUUUGCAGGCCGAGACAUACACAGUGAUAAGGUAGGAUGGGGUAUGAUUUCGAUGGUUGAUGCAGAAAGGAGGUUGUUGGCAAAGGCUCUAGAAGACAUAGACAACCAACAUUUUGUAUUGCUUUCUGACAGCUGUGUACCUCUUCACAAUUUUGACUAUGUAUACGACUUCCUGAUGGGAUCAAGACACAGUUUUCUGGACUGCUUUGAUGAUCCUGGGCCACACGGAGUAUUUAGAUACUCAAAAAAUAUGUUACCUGAGGUUCGAGAGACAGAAUUUAGGAAAGGUUCACAGUGGUUCUCAUUGAAGAGGCAACAUGCAAUGGUGGUGAUUGCAGAUAGUCUUUAUUACACAAAAUUCAGGCUUUACUGCAAGCCAGGAAUGGAAGAAGGCCGCAAUUGCUAUGCAGAUGAGCAUUAUCUGCCGACACUAUUCCACAUGAUGGAUCCUGCUGGAAUUUCUAAUUGGUCUGUAACUUAUGUUGAUUGGUCUGAAGGAAAGUGGCAUCCCAGAUCUUUCCGAGCUAAGGCUGUCACUUAUGAACUCCUGAAGAAUAUGACUUCAAUUGAUGUGAGCUACCAUGUCACCAGUGAUGAGAAGAAAGAGCUCUUGCAGAGGCCUUGCUUGUGGAAUGGACUGAAGAGACCAUGCUACUUGUUUGCAAGGAAGUUCUACCCUGAAGCUUUAGACAAUCUGAUGAACUUAUUCUCCAAUUAUACAAUUUUCUGAGUUCUCACAGAAAGCAAACACAUUUUUGGAAGCAUUUGGCAUUUCAAAUUCGGUAUAUUGCUGGAGGAGCAUAUCUAUUUACAGUACAUUCUACACUGACUCGGUAUAGAAUAGGGGCGGAGUUAGCCUCCCCCGAAGCAAGUUUUAGGCUAUUGUUGCACCUGCCGAUAAGUUGUUAUAGGGUUAUUUUCAUUUUCUUAGGUUUGCACAGUCACCUUUUCCUGUGAAUUCAGUUAGUCCUGCCAAAAUUUUCACUUAUAGUAAUUUUUUUCACUCAUCCUUGCACAAAAGAGUUUGUAAAAGGGAUUCACCAUGUAUUCACUCAUUCUUGCAUGAUUCAGUCAUCCUUCAUUGAAGUGAAUGUAGCCAUCUUACUCUAUCCAUCAAGGAGUUCGUACUCUGGGCAUAUUUUUUCAAAAGUAAAUGAA